GGUUGUGAAGUGUAGGGAAAAGGAGUUCCCUCCACACUGCUUUCCUUCAAUCCAGGUUUCCGCUCCCAUUUUGUGGAGCCGAGAGUCAAGAUGCGAGGGCUCGUCUUCGCCUGGCUCACCCUCUUGUCGCCUUUCUCGGGGCUCUGGGGCUCUGCCGAGUUCCCCGAGAGCGGCCGCGCUUGGUGCCACGCAGCCGGGGCCUGCUACAGCGUCCACCUAGGCCGCAUGAACUUUUACCAGGCUCAGAACGCUUGCGCCCAGCACGGGGGAGAUCUGAGCACGGCCAGCGGCCGCACCGAAGUCGAGAUCAUCCUCGCUCUGCUGAAGGGACUCGCCAACGAAACGGGCGGCUCAUUGUUUUGGCUGGGCCUGAUUAAGAAAGCCCACCAGUGCACCCUUCAAGACCUGCCGCUCAGGGGCUUCUCCUGGGUCUCCCCGGGGCUUGACGAGCCGAGGGCCAACGGGACCGCCGCGCCGCCCAAGUGGUUCAGGGAACCGAACAAGUCCUGCACGAUGCAGAGAUGCGCCGGGCUGCAAGUCACCUUGGGCCAAGCGCACCUCAACCUGUGGGGCCUGAAGGACCACAGCUGCACCAAGGCAAGCCCGGGUUAUAUCUGCAAAUACAGGUACGCGGGCACGUGCCCCGCCCUCCACCCGGCUUCUGGCGCCCGCGGGAUGGUCUACUACAGGCUGCCUUUUCAGCUUCCAAGCGCGGCCGUGGAAUUCAGCCCUCCGGGCACCAAUCUUACGAUAAGGUGCCCCGGGCGAGAGGCGCAUUUCACUUGCCGCCUGUCGCCCAACGGCUCCCAUUGGGAAGGCACCGAGCAGCAGGGCCUGUGCUCCUGUCCCAGCGGCUACUGGAGCCCGAACAGCGGUGGCUGUGCGGAAUUCACGGACUGCUUUAGCGCCCAAGGCGCGUUCCGUUGUUUAUGCGCUUGGAGAUCCCGCUUGGCGGCCGACGAAGAGAGUUGCAUCGCGGCAGCCAGAGAUGGCGCGGCGACGGCGAAGCCCAACGUAUCUACCCCGAGGGCUGCGGGAACUUUCCCUGCCAACGGUACAAGCCGUUCUGGUCAAAAUAUAUCGUUUCUGGAACCGUUUCCCAUUCCAAUCACCAACAGUACUACCAAGUCUUCGGCUUCUUUAAACCCCUUCAACUAUAUCUUCAUCCCGAUCGCGGUGGUGGUGGUGAUACUUCUGAUUAUGGUCAUGGCCUCGCUCCAGGUCUUCCAAAAGUGCUUCAAGAACUGCUCUUCUAAGGGUUCCCAGCCUACAAAAGAUGGUGCUGUGGUUGUAGAAGGCGACCCAGAAGCUUCUGCCACCCGCACCAACUCUGAACCUUCCCUGGGACCCAGCAAAGCGAAGUCCACAGCUUCUCAGUAAGAUUUUAAGCCAGCCGAAUUGGGACAACCAUAAGGAGGCUGGAAAGACACAUUAGAACAUUUGGAGAAGCAAUCCAGUGGGGGACAAAGAGGAGAUAUUCUUUUGAAUAUAAUAAAUAGUAGCAAAUGUUUUACGGGUUACAUAUAUAGAAAUGGAAGCUAUGUUUUUUUUGUUUUUGUUUAAAGGCAGUUGUGUUUUGUUUGACACCAUUUGAUGAAUUAAACGCCCUUGGCAACAUUGAUCAGAAAUCUCUCCUCCCCACCAUCUAGAUUAUUCCCUAAAAUAGAAGAGUUAAAAGGAUGAGAGAUGGCAGUGCAUAUUUCUUGCAGUGAUCCAGUUAGAUAAUUGAAAAAUGGACUGCUGCAAGUAACUGCUGUGUGAAGGCCACCACUUACUUGAUUGUAUAAUCUCUCUCUCCUCCCCCUUCCUUAUUAAUGCAGCUGAGACCAAGCUGUGUGAACAGUGUUGUGUUGCCUGGAGAAAAGUUCAAGCAGCCAGUGCUAAUUAUAUCUACUCUUGCUGUAUUUUGCAAGAAUGCACAGGCUCUGCUGUCACUGCCAUAUUGUCUAUAGGAAGAGGAGAACAAGCUAGUAGAACUGAUUAUAGUUGUAGGAAGUCACUCUUGUAGGUGGCUUUCUUGGAUGGUGCAGUAAUUAGGGUUUUGGAAUAUAGGUAGAUGUUUGCCACCAAGGAGGAAAGAGUGGAGUGAAACUAUAGCUCCUGUACACUAUCACUUUUAUCACUUAACUUUCUUAUUUUUAAACCCUCAAAUAUACUUCUCAUUUUAAGGUGUUAAUGGUAAGACUUAAUCAGAAACCAAUAGAGUAUUGGAAGUGCAUUAUAUCUCAUUCGAAUUUGCUGGGUGCCUAUCUAGCACAGUAUUGAUAUAGUUGUUUUGGGGGGAAUGUGUCCCACUGAAUCAAAGAGAACAUAUUCCAAAUAGACAUAUAGGAUGGCUCUCUUAAGUUCAUCUUAUUUUGAGUGCCAUGGCUAUUCUACUAUACAAGCAUGCCAGUUCAAUUUGUCUGGCUGAAAAAAGGGCUCUGAAAAAUGCAGUUCUGUGGCUUCAUCGAUUCCUUUAAAGGAAUAAAUGUUGACCAGUGCUUAAUUUUUAUGAUGUAAAGUUUUGUGUUCCAACUUGUUUAAAUGGAAAUCCCCUAAAUAUAGAUGUCAAUUUUCAAACAUUUCUUUAGCAUAUGCUAGUUCAAUGUUAUGAAAACUGUUCCACUUCACUGGGUUCAUAUAUGUACCUAUUUAAUAAACGGCUUAACUGAU